UUCCUUAACUCAACAUUUCUGUUUACACUUUUCACUUUUCAGGGUCGCUCGCACACUCCCUCUCUAGAAUCAACGUUGAAUGCCACAAACCAUAUUCCAAGUUUCUUUAGUUCCAAUCUCCAACGUUGGAUUGCCCCAACGACGAUGCUGUCACCGCAACACAUUUGAAUUUCUACGCAAAGAAUAAAUUAUAAUUUUAAGAAAAUGCGUAGACUACUUGGGAAGAUUACCGGCUUCAUGAGCAAUCGAACUAUGGUUGGAGUGGACAAAACAGGGAACAAAUACUUCACCAGAAUCGAAGAGGUUGAUGGUGUCAUGAAAGAGAAAAGAUGGGUGAUAUUUAAAGGAGAGGAGGAUCCUACCUCUAUUCCAGUUGAAUGGAUAUGUUGGCUAAAUGGGCAGCGUAAAAAGGCUCCAACUCUAGAGGAAAUGAUGGAAUUGGAAGCAAGACGUGAACGUGUUAGACAGAAUGUUGCUCUUCUCAAGAAAGAAGAAGAAGAAAGGAUAGCUAAAGAAGGAAGUAAAGGCAAACAUGUUAGCCCUGGAAAAGUCAGUGGUCCAGAUUUGAAAAGUUUUAUUCAGCAAUUUCCAGUUCCUUCAGAAGGUUAUGAGGUUGAAGAAUCACCUAGUGAAAUGGGUGGCUUAAGGAAUCCUCAAGAGAGCUUAGCAGAGGAAGCAAAAGAUGAGUCUGAGUCUUCAGAGCCAACAGGAUCUGGUGCAUCUUUUAGACCAGGAACCUGGCAACCUCCAAGUUGAGCUUUCAACACAACAAAGAUGGCCUUUCUGCUUUUACACGCUGUUUUGAAAAGCCAUGCGUGAUAUAUAUUUGUUCCUCAAGAAUUUGAUAUAAUUCUUGUGUUCUCAGGUUUCUAGAAAUAUUUAUUCAUUGAUAAACCUUUGUUUAAAGAAUAUGACCAAUAAGACAAUAUGAUGCUUUCUGCAUUUGCCAUGUUUCUGCUUGCUAUAGUGAGUAACUUAGUUCUUCCCGAAUAA